GAACCCAAGAGCCUGGGUUCUCCAAAAAAGAUGAGUCUCGAUCACCCAAGAAGGAAUCUUCACCUUCUCCUCCUAAUCCUCCCACUGUGCUCAGAUUGGAUGAUGAGCGUGAGAAAUUGACCGUGACAAAGACGAAAUCGUCUGAAGGUGAGAGGCAGCGGGAAGAGAAGUUCCAGAUAGAUCUGGUGGCGAGGAUCUUGCUUUAGUCAUGACUCAUGAGGCUCCUCCUCCGUCGAGAUCACCAUCGGAAAGGGACGGUGAGAUCGAUUUUGAUGCUGCAGAUCCAAAAUCGAUAGCCAAGAGGUUGGAGGAACUCGGAUUCUCUCAUGAAUCUACAGAGCAGGCUUGCCCAACCCUCACUCAGUACGUGCACCCAUUGCAGGUCGCUCUUCGUCAACCUGAUUCUAGGAAGCGACAACGCCUCCCGUUUCUUGAUGUUCCGUUUCGAAUCCUCCACGAGGAGCUCCACCAGCUUGCCGCCAUCCGGUUCAAUCAAACCUGACUCGGACCCCGACCCCUGAUUCUAGGAAAAUGAGCUUGUUUUGUUGAUUUUUGAUAAGUAUGGACAAAAUCAAGAAUGGUGGGUUUU